UGCAUCCACUUGUAAUUAUUAUAAACCAAAUCCAUGCUACCAAUAUUCAGUUGUUCAAAAAUAAGAGAGAAAAAAACAGAUUAAGAUACAUCUUUGAAAAUCCAAUAACUUUAACAAGAAGUAUUUUUGUACAUGUUUUUUGUAAUUUAAAAAAUAAGCAGAAACUGAAAAAAGAGUAGAGAUUGGGAAUUGCAUUGUUGCGUAUUGGAAAACAGCAUUUUCACGCAUUGAGACGCGAGCUCAGAACCUUGGACAGUAACCAUUGACAGUUUGCAGCGCCGCCCAUACUGCUGGACCCUGGCGGAAUAUAUAACAAGAAAUACAUAAUAAUAAUAAUAAUAAUAAUAAUAAUAAUAAUAAUAAUAAUAAUAACUGGGACAGGAUAUUUCCAAAAAACUAAAUAUAUCACGAUUAGGCUUUGCUUCCCCAAGUGGAGAAUACUGCCAGCCUUCUGCUCACAGCAAACAACACGGGAGAGCUAUCUUUCAUUGUCAUCUUUCAUCUUUCACUGCACAGACAGGCUCCACCAUUUUCAUUUUCACCACUCGACCCUGUUUGAAUGUAUGAUAGAGCUGGCCCUCACAGCCAGGGUCCCAGGGCUUUGAAGCAGUGAGACAGCUGCCCCUCUCUUGUGAGAUUUGCUCCUCUGCCACUUGGUAUCAUGGGCACUGUACUCUCGCUCUCCCCCAGCUACAGGAAAGCCGGGCUGUUUGAAGAUGGACCAGCCACUGUGGGCCACUACACAGCUGUGCAGAACAGCAAGAAUGCGAAAGACAAGAACCUCAAGAGGAGCUCCAUCAUCUCUGUUCUUCCCUGGAAGCGAAUCGUAGCCGUCUCAGCAAAGAAAAAGAGCUCCAAGAAGGUGCAGCCCAACAGUGCCUACCAGAAUAACGUUACCCAUCUCAACAAUGAGAACUUGAAGAAGUCUCUCUCCUGUGCCAACUUAUCCACUUUUGCCCAGGAUCCUGCCCAAAUCCCAGGAUCCAAGACUUCGACCAACGUUUUAUCUUCGGUCAAGAAGGCACCCAUUUCCAACUCUAACACUGCCCCAGGGACCCCCAAAAGGGUCAUUGUUCAAGCUUCCACCAGCGAGCUCCUGAGAUGCCUGGGUGAGUUCCUCUGCAGGCGGUGCUACCGGCUAAAGCACCUGUCCCCUACAGAUCCAGUGCUGUGGCUACGCAGUGUGGAUCGGUCCCUGCUUCUCCAGGGCUGGCAAGACCAGGGCUUCAUCACACCUGCCAAUGUGGUCUUUGUCUACAUGCUCUGUCGAGAUGUUGUCUCCUCUGAAGUGGCCACCGAGCAUGAACUGCAGGCUGCCCUGCUCACCUGUCUCUAUCUGUCCUACUCCUACAUGGGCAAUGAGAUCUCCUACCCGCUCAAACCCUUCCUGGUAGAGAGCUCUAAGGAGGUCUUCUGGGACCGUUGCCUGUCCAUCAUCAACAUGAUGAGCACCAAGAUGCUGCAGAUCAACUCUGAUGCACACUACUUUACCCAGGUCUUUGCCGACCUCAAGAAUGAAAGCCAGAAACAGGAAGAACGAAGUCGACUGCUCAUUGGCCUGGACCGGUGAACCAGUGAGAGACUGAGCUUGAGGGGCUCUAAUCAACCGAGAUUAACUAAAUUCUGGUAUUUUGAUGUCCUAGUCCAAGUCCAUAUCCACGUCAAAAUUUAGAUCCAGCUGGUCUACAUUUAUGUGGCAUGCAUAUGUAUGGAGGGCCUUUAUUGACCGACAUGUCUGUGUUGUAACCCAGUUGCUAAACUGUAUGUCAUAGAUAUUAUUUAUAAUUAUAAUAACAAUGAUGAAGUUUAGGUAGUCAGAAUGACACAAUAUCUUUGUCUAUAGACUUGUCCAAGCCUCCUGAGUGUUACAAUACAUAUACCAUAUACCUGGACUUGGACAUUCAAACACCAGGAUAUGGACUUGAAUCAGGAUUGUUGCAUUCAAUAUAGUCCAUCCCCAAGUGCUGCAUCUUAUACCUGGUCUUGGACUGCAAAAUCAAUAAAAAUCUUAGAUUUGGACAUAAAUCAUGAGUAUUUUAGUAGUUUAGUUCAGGUUCCAGCAAGACCCAGUGAUUUGAAUAAGCAGGACUUGGACUUGAUGAAAUACCAAACUUCAGCCAUGCUCUGUUAAUUAAAAACAGAAAAAAACUAAAAACAAAUUACUUUAUUGCUGCCGACUUGGCAACUUAAUGGCAAGUGUCUGAGAUGAGGAGCACAGAAGUCCCCAAACCCAAUCUGCACCACAUUUAUUUCAAAGUGUGGCGGCCAUGAUGUAUGUGGCAGCCUCUUGAUGUCAGCUAUGAGAUGACAGCAAUCUUGUAUAUUUUCACCUUCAAUAGAGCUUGUUGACCAAUCUUGAGAGAUACAGUAGUCCUUUCUUUUUGUGAGAGCAAUUGUACACAUGCAGCUGCUCAUUAUAGGUUUACUUCUACUUAAAAGGGAAAGGAAUCUGACUUUGUGGGUUGGGGUGUGGAGAGAAGGAGGUUAUUGAAUAGCAGUAAUGGCUAUUAAGCAAUGGUCUUUGACAUAUAAGAAUGUUUUUAAGUUGACUUACUUUGUUAUUGAAAACAAAAAUGAAUGUGGGUUCUCUAAUGCUUACUUCAUGCCCUUAGACAAUUUUUUGUUUAGUAUUUAAUGUAUUUUAACGACUGUGAAAGAUGGAUCACUGAUAGACAGGUUUUCCACAGAACAGUAUCAAGCUUAUAAGGUAGUGCAGUCCUUAAAGACCAACCACUGAUUGUUGUCUGCUAACAAAGGUACCCAUUUAGUUGUGUCCAAUAAUAACUGGCUGGUAGAACCUAUUUUGGCCUCAGCACCAUCCAGUUUUAAUGAAACAAUUAAACCUCCAUCCAGAUACCUAUUAACCCUUUUAUACCUUCAAUCUCCAAGUAUUGGAUUUGGUCACUCCUGGUCGCAUACUACUCUGUCUGAUUUUCAUCAGCAGUUCAUUUUCCUGCAGAUUUGAAGACAGGGGGUACUAGACUGCACAACUUAAAAAGCUCUAGUAAUGCUAAUCUAGAUCUCUUUUUUUAGGGUAUUCCUAAUAGAAUACAAUGGGCAGGAUUUUCAAAAGGUUGUAAAUGAUAACUUCAGUAUUAAUCAAGAAAUAUGAUUAACACUGGAGAGAAGUAUGUUGCAUUAAUUUUGGCAUUUUCAAGCGGUCGUUAUGACUAUCUUGUUGUUAAAUAAUGAUGAUAACGUGAUUUCCAAAAAUAUGUUGAUUUAGGAAAUAAUGUUAAUAUCUUAAUGAGCAGUGCUUCUUGCGACUAUUUAUUUUUGCGUGGGAAUUUAAAAGCAAAUCCGUGUUAAUUGUCAUAAUUUAUCAGGAGUUAAAAAUUUGAAGAAUUUGCAAGUUCGAUACAAUAACACUGGUUUUUGAAAAUUCUGCCCAAUGUCUCAUUUCCACUGAAUGUGGUGUUGGGGUUUGCUUUAGCCCAGGAUCUUGCUCCCACAAUCCAUUGCCCUCUGCCCUUCUGUCUGCCUCAGUCAGUGAGCCAGCUGGGAUUCAAACCCAGAAUCUCCUUGCUGUUAUUCCUCAGUUUCCGUUCUACCAUAUGCUAAAACUUUCAAAUGUGCUGUUAUAAGAAACAAAAACAGGAACAUUAUCAUAUCUUGUAGAAAAUCAAGGUGGUCAGACAAAAUUAAUUAACCAUUCUUUAGCCAAUGGUGUUAAUCCACACAGUUUCAGAAUGCUGGUUAUUUAUUUGCCACAGCACCUUUUUAUGUUUUUAAAGCAAUACUUGUGUGUCAAAGGCUUUAGUAUGACGUGACAGUUGUGCAGACAGCAAGAUGGUUUCCAACAUUUCUAAAAAGUAAUCAUUCUAACUGUAUUUGUCAAAUUAAACCCUUUUCCUUUUUUGGCCCCUAUGGAAAAUUGACAGUCAGAAGGUCCACUUAAAACAAUAACAGGCCAAUGAUUUCAUCUACUCUUUGUCAUUCCACAGCUGUAAACAGCUGCUGCUGUGAAAGUAGAGGAAACUGUUUGUCUGUUUUAAUGAAUGCUGAAAGAUACGCAAGGUUUGAUACGAUUGUUUCCAGAACCCAAUUGUUUUUUUGUACUGCUUCCACAUUUAUGAGCAGUCACCCAAAGGGCUGAUUGAAUGCUGGUUCCUCGUUUUUUUCCUGAUGGUAGAAAGGUGUGAUGCACAACAGGGGAUCAUGCUGCUGAUGCUGUUAAAUGAAAAAAGAACAAAAAUAUAAAUUAAUUAAAAAAAAAAAAACAAGCCACAAGAAUGUGUCAGAAUUUAGGAAGCGUUUUUUGUAAAAGGGAACUGGAUUUUUUAAAUUUAUUUUUUGCCCACUUCUAUCACUUAACAGUGAUGUUGUGCAUGCAUUUUUUUAAAAAAUAUUUGUGUUGGACACUUUAAAUUGUUUUCUUUUAGAAAUAAAACAGCUAUAUUUAAAAAAAAAAA